GAUUUGCCAUAGCAACCCAGGGAAAUCGGACCGAAACCCUGCGGUUCGGAGAGUCUCUAGCUUUCUCAUCACCACUUUCACAGAUCCUGCGCCUCACCUGCUUUGAUCAGCAUUCCACAUUUCCAACCCUUGGACUACAGCUGCAACUUAAUCAUGGUGGUACUCUUGUGCACACUUGGUACUUAUAUGACCAAAGUAGGAGCCGUCUAUGUUGGUUUGUGCACCUACAAGCAGCCAGUACAAUCUUUGUGCGCGUAUUCACCCGCUCCAGAAGGAUGACAAUGGAGGAGAAACAACGAUGGGAGAAAGCAGGGCUACUCGACCAAGAGCAACCAUCCAUCCGCUCCAAAACCUCGGCCUUGGUCAAAGGUUUGCUCGUGUUUCUGGUUGCCGGCGGGCUCUUUGCAAUAUGGAACGGUGACUAUUUCUCGAGCCUCUUCAACAUGCAACAAAAGCUCGCAACCUCUUUCAGCUCGACCCGUCCGGAGUCGCACAACUCUGGUUCAUGGGAACCUUGCCAAAACCAACCAGGCUUCAUGUGUGGAGCCAUUUCGGUGCCAAAAGAUUACUUCAAUGCAUCGGCUGGUCGUGCAUUUAUCGCCGUUGCCAAGCUUCCUGCUAGUGCUACCGAGAGGCUUGGGUCCAUUUUCUUGAAUCCAGGUGGCCCCGGUGGCUCGGGAAUGGAAUUUGUCUAUGGUUUCGGUCCGCUGUUGGACAGGCUCUUCGAAGGCAAAUACGACUUGAUCGGAUUUGACCCGCGUGGUAUCGGAAAGACACGCCCUAUCGUCAACUGUUUCGGCGAUGCACAGCAAUUCGAAGUGUUCAAAAAAGCGACAUUGCUGGAAAAUGGAAACUCCCUGCCACCAAAUCCUUGGUCCAAGUCGGGCCAAGACGAUCUCUUAAGACAAAUCAAAGAGCUGACUGCGUUGCAGCAAGCAGAAUACACUCGGUGCAAAAUGGUGAUGGGCGAUGAAUUGCUCUACAUGAACACCGCAACAGUUGUCCGAGACAUUGAUUACAUGGGCAAGGUACUCGACGGUCCGCAAGGAAAGAUCAACUAUAUUGGAGGGUCAUAUGGGACGAUCCUUGGUGCAUACCUGGUCAACAUGCUGCCAACUCAUCGACUUGGUAAAGUCGUUAUCGAUGGCGUUGCCAGCGCACCAUCAUGGGCCAACGACCAAAGUCAUACCUGGCUGUCAAAUUGGAUGGUCGACACAGACAAAGCGUUUAAUUGGUUCACGAACGACUGUUCUCGCGUCGGGCCUCUUGCCUGCCGUUUGGCAAAGUACAAGGGAGAAGCGCCUAGCGCCAUUGCACACCGUUUGGAUGCCUUUUUGGACAAGCUUUACUAUGAGCCAGUAGCGGUUCCGGAUGCGAUUCGUCCAGGUGUUCUCACUUCAGCCAUGGCGCGGACAGUGCUAUAUUUUUCAACGAACGCACCUCACUCUUGGCAGCGCAUUGCUCACGCCUUCGCAGAUGCAAUGGAAGGCAAUGGUGUCAAGCUGUACUCCAUUCUUCAUGGUCCGUUCUCGCCACGCAGCGACCUCGUGCAGACGGACAUGUCCCGAGCUGCGGUUGUAUGUGGCGAUCAGCCCCCGGGAAAGCCCCCAGCGGCCGAGGACUUACUGGAUGGCUUGCUGCGCAAUCUCAAACAGACGAGUCGACGCUUUGCGGCGAAUGUCUUCCCAAUCGAGCCUGACGGUGGCUGUCAAUUCCACCCUGCAAUCGGACGUACGCCUGAGCGCUUUACUGGCCCUUGGAACAACACGCUCGACUUUCCGAUGCUCAUUGUGUCUAACACGGCAGAUCCCAUCACCCCUCGUGCUUCUGGAGAAGAGAUCCACAAAUUGAUGGGCAAUUCAAGCCGUAUCUUACUGCAAGACUCCCCCGGCCAUUGCUCCUUUUCUAGCGCGUCGCCCUGCACUCUUAGCCACUAUGCUGCCUACUUUGUCAAUGGCACUCUCCCAAAGAACCACGAGCUUUGCACGAUUGCUGACAACUUCUGGCCAACCCAAAAUGAUGAAGUGCCAAUCUACGUACUCUCUGAGCGCGAACAAAAGUACGACAACUUGUCGCAAGAAAUGACCAAAGUGUUCUCGAAAAUGCUUGAAGAUCAAUUGCCGGGUAAGCUAGAGACCAUCAAGCCGUUGCGGUAAGCGAAGCUCGAACGCAUGACGCUCUGAGAAUCCUGAUAUGUAUGCUACAAUGAAACAGACGAUUCGGCAACUUAUUAUGAG